AUGGAGUUAGAGUUGCUGAAACCUGAUCAUGGUCCAUUCAUGAUCAUCGUAUUGAAUUGGAAAAUUGAGAAAUGGCAACAUAAAUAUUUUAUUCAAAAGGAUAGACAGGAUCUACACGAAUGCCUUCAAUCACCACAAAUUUGCAUAUCCCCUACCUACUCUUUGGGUGGAAUAAGGGACAAAAUGGCCUAUCACGUGCUUUUAAAAAAGAGAAGAUCUUUAAAAUCUGAAGUAGGAAAAGCCACCAUUGUGGAUAGAGAAGAUUUACAGCGUGUGAGAGUGUUUUGUGGAGGACAAGAAGGAGAUCAGAAUCCAAUGAUCUGCUUAUCUGCAAUGAUUAUUCGAUUGAACACAUUGGGAUGCCAUAAAAUGAACUGCUUUUGUGUGGUUUUGGCCACCCAGAAUUUGAAUAUUUACAGACAAAAUGUUGCAUUCCUUUUCAAGGCGAAAAGUUGCCAGAUGAAUCGCAACAGAGUUGAGGAGGAAUGCCCAUUCCGAGUCAAAUCCAUCGCCUUGUUUUCCCGAAACCGAGUUGACUCCACCCCAACACCAACAACAAUGGAAUCCCCAAGCAGGCAAAGGAUAAUUUAG